GGGAAUACACAUUUGUCAAAGUCCAUGACAAUUUGGGGGUGUAUAAAAGGGCUUUCACAUCACAUAUAUUUUGCAUCAGUAUUCAUAAACAUUUGAAAGCAUAAGAUUGAUACAUUUCGCAUUGACAUAUAUCAAACAUCUCUCUGAUUGUGUUUGCUAUUCUAGAGCACGAUGUGUUGUCGAAUAUUAUGUUGUUGCUUCUGCCGCAAGAAGAAAAAGCCAAGAGAUGUGAAAAAGGGUAAAAAAGGAAAGAAAGAUGGAGGACUUGUUGUUGUGAAGCCGACUAAGCCUAAGAAACGUCGCAAUGAACCAGUAGAUGUAAGUGGAUGCGCAGACCUAUGCUGCUGCUUUGGCGGAGAUGGUGGAGGUGGAGAUGGCGGCGGUGGAGAUGGUGGAGGUGGUGGUGGAUGUGGAGGCGGCGGUGGAGGUUGCGGAGGUGGAGGUGGAGGCGGUUAAUAGAUGAGAAUUCGGCAACUCUUUAUGUAAUGAUAAAUUCUUGUGUUUGUGGUUUAUUUAUUUUAUUAUAUGUAAUGUAAAAUUUAUUUUAACGUAAUGUAUAUAUUACGUAUAUAAUAUAUAA